AACAAACCAACCCAACCUAACCUAACUUUCCUACCAAUUCUGUGUUUUCUGCUUUGAACUUUUGAUCUCUGGUUUUGACUGCAAUGUCGAAUGGAGACACUCAUCAAUGAAAUGAAACCAUCUCGCGUUGUUGCUUUAUGCUUUGUAAAAAGCAACGAAAUAUUCGCUAGUCAUCAAAAUUGUUAACUCUGUGUACGCAUUGUAACGCAAUGUACACUCUACUUUUUGGCUGUGAUUUUGUUAUUUGUUUGUGCCUGUAAGUCAUGUCGCGAGAUCUAAAAUCCUAUGCUUAUUGUUUUGUACCGGGGUGUAAAAACACUAAUAAGUCGACACCUGGUAAGUUUUUUUUCUGUGUGCCGAACAAUGAAAGUCGGAAGUUGUGGUGUUCGGCUGUCGGCAGGGAUCCAGAUUCCCUGUCUUUAAAAUCCCCACGACGUUGCUGCGAAGACCAUUUUAAGUUUGAAGAAGAUGUGGCAAAUUGGCCUUAUUAUAAAGCGUUACUCGAUGCCAAUUACCCAAUGCCUGGGAUACGACUUAAAAAGGAUGCGCUUCCCAGGAAAGAUGUACCUCAGAAACCAGCAAGCAUUCUAAUAUGUCCUGAAGAAGACUCUGGAGAAGAAGAAACUGGCUCAAUAUCAGAGAGUGAACAAGGACAUGGGGAGGAAGACCCUCUUGCUAUCUGUCAAAUACCUGCCCAUUCUAUACUUCGGUGUCCUGAUGAAGAUGCUGGAGGAGAGGUUGUGAUUUCAAAUAGUUCAGUGUCUCUGGAACACAUUGAAAACGAUGACCCCAGUAUAUUUUGUCAAGUUCAAAUUUCAGAAAAUGAGGAUUACGAAUAUGAUUUAGAAAUGAAUGAAGUUCAGAAACAAUUGGCUUUUAAGCAGUCCUGUCCUUAUCUGCUCGAGACACACAACUUGGCUUUAUAUCCUGGUCCUCGUGCAGUUUUUGGUCUGACAAAGAUAGCCGAAUCAGAAUGGGAGACGGUUGGGGCCGCCAAGGUGAGGAUAUCUACGAUUAUUCCAAAGAUGAUUACAUGGCAAGUAUUAAUGGACCUUUAAGCCAUGAAAAUCUCCAGAAACUAUUUGACUAUAAAAAUGAAGACAUAAUCAAUGAGUAUGUGAUUUUUAAAGCAGAGGAAGCUAUUAAAACCCUCACUGAAGUGGCUUCCUCAGCAGGAAUAUCUCCUUCUCAAUUCAUGAGAGACAUGCAGUUCUUAGUAUCCCAAAGAAAUAAAGAAUUAGAAGAUCUCCCAAGAUCUGAACGUCAUUCAAGACCCAUUCAAGAUAAAAGGUUGUGGGGUCUUCGAAAAAAGUAUAAUAUUGAGACUCUUGGGUACCCAUUGGGAUCCCAAACGCUCUCUCCUGUUAGAUUGUCCAUAUUGUUUCCUCAUUUUUGUGAUAUUCAUCAAGUUCCUCUGUACAGUCUGGAAUUCAGCCCCGAUCGAAUUAUUUUCAUGUGUCAGCAUCCUGAGUUUGGGGGUUUUAUUCCAACUAUGCAGAACAAAGAACUCUCUCAAAAGGUAAAGAAGGCCAUUAUUGGUGUUCACCUCUACAGUGUAACUCAUUCAAACGGUGAGCAUCCUCUGAGAACUUACUGUGUGUUUAUGGAGCAAAGAAGACUGAAAAGUCAACUCUCAAACGAUCGUCGGUUGCUGUUUCUUGAAAAUAAUAAUAUCAUCUCUAAACGGAAAAUCUUAACACCGACCAUGAAAGCCACCAUGGAACAAAUAGAUUUCGAUAAUUUUGAAAAAGAUAUUCCUUGGGAACUUGUGCAGAUCUAAGUAAUACAACCAAAAUCAGCUUGAUUGUUCUUCAGUUGGCAAUCUACGUCAGUCAUUUUUUUCUCUUCCCUAAGUCGUAUGAGAACCAAGAAUGAAGGCAUGCAUUAAUGAAUCUCUUGAGAAUGGGGUCUUUUUUAAGCAUCCCUAUUUUGAGUUUUUUUCAGAAUUUUUCUUUUUUCCGGAAUACUUAUAUUUUUAUCAAAGCUUUUAGUCCAGAUAAAAGAAAUGUAGCUGCUAAUUAAUAAAUUAA